CCCCUCAAGUUAAGCUCAGACUCGAAACUGUCAAGACGUGCCUAGCAACUCCGAAAUAAAAACGCUAAGCGUGGCCCAGAUUGUGAUCCUAGCAUUGGAAAAAACCCUUCCACUUACUCUACUGUGAUUUAAACAUUUACAAGCUGAACAGCAAAACUGUGAGAUCGUGCAACACGUCGAAGGAAACCCAAGUAAUGUUGAGCAAGAUGGCCAGCAACACCACUGAAGGAGGAUCUGCUUCCGGAGGCACUGGCUCGGGACGUCGUCUACCGCUCUCGCUGAGCGGCGGCAACAGUGUGUCCCGCCUGCAGCAGGCGUCCGGCAGCAACGGCAACAAGAAGAUCACAGAUUCGUUUGCGCCUGUGAAGAAGGCCACCCAACAGCGAACCACGACCAUCAGUACCUCCUCGUCGAGCAAAUCCAGCCAGAAUGGAGUCGGCAAGUCUGCCAAUGGCAAGGAAAAGGCUCAGAACGGUAGCUCCCCGAGCAAGGACCAGAAAUCCAAGGACAAGCUCCCAGAAAGGAAGAAGGAGCUGGGGACUCAGAGUGUGGUAGCCGAAAACAAAGUCCAGGAGGUAGCUGAAAAUGAGGAUAACGAUGUGGUGGCUGAGACAAAAAAAAGUGUAGCCCAAAAAGAGAACAAGGAAGUUCCCUCCGAAAAUAAAGAAGGCCAAGAAGAGACCAAUGAGGGAGCUACCGUUGAAAAUAUAAGACCUUCGCCUCAACCAGGUCACCCAGUGCCCGACGAAGUCAUCGAUAUCAUCCCAGAAGUCAGCACACCCACCAAGGAUCGUCAAUCCACUCGCAAGUCGGGAAGCCCACAAAAAUCACCCAUCAACAAGUCGAUCCCUGCUUCGCCAUCCGAGAACAAGGAGAGAGAAUCAGUUCCAUCUACUUCUGCUAGCUCUUUGACACCACAGGAGGACGUGGAUAUGGAACCGCUGCAGGUGAAUGCCUCCCCGAUACGCAGUGUCCGUGGUAACUUAAACGCCCCACCGGCCGCCACAUCCACGCCCGGACGCAGUCUCUUCAGCAAGCAGGCCUCCGAGGUGGAUCUACCCUCUGGCUCGCCGGCAAGAACUCCGACCCGCACCUUUGCCGAGAUCAGCGGCAGACGCAGCAUACGACCCAUCGACUCGCUGACACCCUCCAGAGUGGGCACCUACAGAAGCGGCAACAGCGACCUGGACGCCUCGAGUUGCACGAAUGCCAGCAUAAACGCCACCGUGGGAUCGGAGAUGCUCAACAGCUUGUCCUUCUCGUUUUCAUUUUUUGGCCAUGGUCGCAAACGCGAGCGCACUCCCCCGCCACUUUCCGCAUCCCAGUCUACCAACGAUGUGGGUCAGGACGUGGUGAUGUCACCGCCGAAGCGCGCCCGUUUCGAUAUGUUUAGUCUGAACCUGGCCUCGCCCUUCAGCAUGCUGCGUUCGAGGUUCUCCAGGACUACAAUCAGUUCUCCCGCCCGCCUUCGCCUGGAUCUGAACGGUUCCGGCGUGGAGGGGCAACAGGCGCGCGAAGAUGUAAGCAGCUUGCCAGAAGAGCUUGAAGUGGAGGAGGAGCAGCCCACCGAGGAUCUGAUCGCGGGCGAGGAAGCCGAUGUGGAGACGCCCAAGGAGGGCGGCUCGCCCAAUAAGGAAAUCCAGCCCGAGAAGGAUGUCGAGGGCAAUAACGUUGAUGGUCAGGACGUUGAUAGGACAUCCGACGGGGAGAACAUUCCCCCCACCGUUGAGGUCGUGGAUGAGACCCAAUCCGAGGACCGAUCCCGCUGCUCAAUUAUGUAAUUGGUCAAACCAACACUUUUCUUAUGUUUCCUUUGUGAAAUUUGUGUUUGACCUAAGUUACACAUUUAAAGGCAACGAGCUUCCGCCAGUAACGUUGUUAGCCAGUCUUGGAAGGGCUUUUUCCAUUAACAAAACCUUUACCAGAACUUAGGUCUCAGCCAAUAAGUCAGAGAUUCCUCGCUGCUUGACUUCUUCAUGUGAAUCAAAAUAUGAUUAGUAUUAUAUACAAUAACAUAUUUUAAAAAGUCUUUAAUUUAGUAUGUUUUGUAAAACAUAUUUCUUAAUAAAAGAUAAGUAAAGAAACAACUUACAA